CUUUGUGCUUUGAACUCUCAACCUUGGUUUCAAACAUUAUAUUUAAUUUCUCUAGCAGCUAGGAUGAGGAAGAUAGUAAACAUUCCCGUUUCAGGAUUAUGGGUGGCAAUUACCCUUGUGAUGGUGAGUGGGCAAGGCAUAAGUGACAUCGUGACAGCAGAAUUCUUUGACAGCAUAAUCAAUCAAGCUGACGAUAGUUGUGAAGGGAAGAACUUCUACUCACGUGAUGCUUUCCUCGAUGCUCACAAUUCCUACCCUCAGUUUGGAACAAAUGGCAACCAGGACGACAACAAGCGUGAGGUUGCAGCUGCCUUUGCCCAUUUCACCCAUGAAACUGGACACUUUUGCUACAUAGAAGAGAUUGAUGGUGCAUCAAGGGACUAUUGUGAUGAAACGAACACCCAGUACCCAUGUAACCCUGACAAAGGGUACUACGGGCGUGGACCCAUUCAACUAUCAUGGAACUUCAACUAUGGACCAGCUGGGGAGAGUAACGAUUUUGAUGGAUUGAAUGCUCCAGAGACAGUAGCCAACGACCCUGUGGUGUCCUUCAAGACAGCAUUGUGGUAUUGGACACAGUUUGUGAGACCUGUGUUGGAUCAAGGUUUUGGUGCAACCAUUAGAGCUAUCAAUGGCCAACUUGAAUGUGAUGGUGCAAACCCUGAUACUGUUCAAGCUCGUGUUAAUUACUACACUCAGUAUUGUUCACAACUUGGUGUCGAUCCUGGUGAUAACCUCGAUUGCUAAGUUAUUAAUGUAUUAAUAACGGAUAAUUGGAUAUGAUAUGAUAUAUAUAAUAAUGAUAUCAUCCAUAAUUCAAUUCCACAUAAUAGUGGAACUGAAUUCUAGCAGUGUUGAAGGGUUUAAUAGCUGGAUGAGGAUACAUGCAUGUGGCAUGCCUAAUCCUCCCACUAUCAUAUAUAUUAUUAAAUAAUAGCUGCAAGCUGCUUCUGUCU